AUGUUACAAAUAAUCAUUCAUCCCGAAAGACACGGUGGUGGAUCAUCUCCAUUUUCCGCUCCAUCUCAUCAUCAUCACCACCACAGAACGAACACAGUUUCGGGUGGUAACACCGGAAUGGCGCCGCAUCAUUCAACGGACUUCCAACCACCGUAUUUUCCACCACCUUUUCCACCGCCUCAUCAUCAGGCGGCUAGUCCGACUACGGCACAAAGUCAUCAUCAGCUCGAUUAUUUAAAUUCCGUGGCCGUAACCGAUCCGUAUUCGCAAACUUUAAAUUCUCUUCAUCAAACUGCUCAAGCUGCUGCUGCAGCACAUCAUUACAAUCAGUUAACAGCAGCUGCCGUAUCGCAAAGAACUACACACGAUGUUUUACGAAGAGAUGGAGAUUCACUACACGUUUCAAACAUGCACGCAUCGUUUCCGUACGAAAGUUCCCGCGGGAGAGAAUAUGGUAGACGUCCCGACGUCAUCGUACCGGGAUUGGAUCAGGAUAAUUUAGUUUUACACAGUGCACUUGCAUCCGUCGAGGAUCAGCAGAAUGCCAGCGUUGACGACGGAGGAGGUUUCAUUAGCGAUUUACCACUUUUAAAAAGUAUAAAACCCCGACAUUUAGAAAGUGGAAAAGAAUUAGGUCUUUCAGGUGUUUCGACACCAAGUGACGUUUUCUGCAGCGUUCCAGGACGACUUUCCCUACUUAGUUCGACGUCAAAAUAUAAAGUAACCGUUGGAGAAGUUCAAAGGAGGCUUUCCCCACCGGAAUGUUUAAAUGCAUCACUUUUAGGAGGUGUUUUGCGAAGAGCAAAGUCUAAAAAUGGCGGACGACUUUUACGUGAAAAAUUGGAAAAAAUUGGACUGAAUCUUCCGGCAGGAAGAAGAAAAGCAGCAAACGUUACUCUAUUAACUUCUUUAGUAGAAGGGGAAGCAAUACAUUUAGCAAGAGAUUUCGGUUAUGUUUGUGAGACAGAAUUUCCAGCAAGACAGGUAGCUGAAUAUCUAUCUCGGCAACAUUCAGAUCCUUCAGAAUCAUACCGAAGAAAAGAAUUGUUGCAUGCAACCAAACAAAUAACCAAAGAAUUAAUGGAUUUACUAAAUCAGGAUAGAUCUCCGUUGUGCAAUACGAGGCCUCAGCAUAUAUUAGAUCCAUCUAUUCAAAGACAUUUGACACAUUUUUCACUUAUAUCACACGGGUUCGGUAGUCCUGCCAUAGUAGCCGCACUCACCGCGAUACAGAAUUUUCUUUCCGAAUCAUUAAAACAUUUGGAUAAAAUGUAUCCCUCUACUAAUAAUGGAGCUCAUAUUACAGUGUCAUCAUCCCAGGGUCUUGAUACCAAACCAAAAGAUUUAAUCGACAUGAAAAAGUGA